AAAUCUGACGUCUUUCUAUUUACCGACGAUGACUACGAGUUCAACGCAAAGAAUGUGCUGAAUCAACUGAAUAAUCUGACAAAGUCGGAUCGUCGCCAACUGCUCAGUGGGAACCUUAUGAUUCGACCGGGCGUGAUUCGUCCGGUCAAGGACGGCAGUGGAAAUAAGUGGGCUGUGUCUCGAUAUGAGGUCCCGUGGUCGCAGUACUCACCGUACCCUAGCGGAGCGGCGACGUUUGUCGGUGCAGAUGUACUUACGGAGCUGGUCGUAGCCGAAGCCUACACGCGCUUCCUGUAUGUGGAUGAUGCAUUCAUGGGCUUCGCCGUAGCUAAAUUGCCGCAUCUGCGUUUCCACAGCUUGAAGGACUUCUACCUCAAAUCCACCAAUAGCCAGAAAUCUCUCAUAGCAAAAUCACCCGUCAGGUUCUGA